CUGAGAUUAAUUUGAAAAGAUUGCAAAUAUCUUUCUUAUUUUUUUAAAGCAAUACUAGUCUUUUUGAAAUCACUGGAUUGUCCUUUUUAUACUCCUUUUUAUAUUCAAAUGGUUUUACUGUGAAAAUAAUUUUGGAAUGGAAAGUAAUUGAAUAUUUUAACAAGUUCGUCUGUCUUUUGGAUAUACAAACAUGUAAACUUGGAUAUAUUUUUAUUGGGAUAUAAACUUGAAAUAUACACUGAAGUAGUGGAACAACUGUCUUAGGAUAAUGCAUUUCUCUGCGAUCAGCUGAAGGCGAAAAUGCACGACAUGUAUGAGGACAAUCGCAAAAGCAACGGCCGAAAUGGAUACAUUAACACUGACGAAGGAGAGGAGGGUGGAGGAGAGGAAGAGGAGGAGGAAGAGGAGGGAGGAAGAGAGGGGGAUGAGGGAGGGGAGAAGAAAGGAGACAUGGCGUGGACGGAGGAUGGGGUGGACGACAACGGAGGUCUGCGGAUGAAGAGAACAGACACCCUCCACUCUACGACCAGCUCCACAGGGACCCAGAGGAAGAAGAGCCAUCACCCUAAGAAAGUGGUGCAGGGCUCAGACAAGGUGCAGAGAGCGCCCAGGGCCCUGUACUGCCUGAAACUCAACAACCCCAUACGCCGGGCCGCGCUCUCCAUUGUGGAGUGGAAACCUUUUGACAUCUUCAUCCUGAUGGCCAUCUUUGCUAACUGCAUAGCCCUGGGGGUCUCCAAGCCUUUUCCUGAGGAAGACUCAAACUCAACCAACCAUGAUCUGGAAAAGGUGGAGUAUGUGUUUCUAAUCAUCUUCACCAUCGAGACCUUCAUGAAGAUCCUUGCAUAUGGAUUAGUUAUGCAUCCCAGCUCCUAUAUACGCAACGGCUGGAACUUACUUGACUUUGUCAUUGUCAUUGUGGGGCUGUUCAGUGUCAUCCUGGAGACGAUGACCCAUAAGGCCACAGGGGAAGCAGCGACGACUCACCACGUCCCGGGGAAGCCUGGCGGUCUGGACGUCAAAGCCCUCCGAGCAUUCAGAGUUCUCCGGCCACUGCGGCUCGUCUCCGGAGUUCCCAGUCUGCAGAUUGUGUUGAACUCUAUCAUGAAGGCCAUGUUACCUCUCCUUCACAUCGCCCUCUUGGUCCUCUUCGUCAUCAUCAUCUACGCCAUCAUCGGCCUGGAGCUCUUCAUCGGACGUAUGCACAAGACCUGCUACUACAUCGGCACAGAUAACUAUGCAGAAGAUGACCCAGUGCCCUGUGCGUUCGCCGGUCACGGUCGUCAGUGUAUAGUUAACGGGUCAGAGUGCAGAGGGAAGUGGGCGGGACCCAAUGGAGGAAUCACCAAUUUUGACAACUUCUUCUUUGCUAUGCUGACCGUGUUCCAAUGUAUUACUAUGGAAGGAUGGACCGACGUACUGUACUGGAUGAAUGAUGCUAUAGGUUUUGAGAUGCCCUGGGUCUACUUUGUCAGCCUGGUCGUCUUUGGCUCGUUCUUCGUCCUGAACCUGGUUCUGGGUGUACUGAGUGGAGAGUUCUCCAAGGAGAGGGAGAAGGCCCAGGCACGAGGAGACUUCCAGAAGCUCCGGGAGAAGCAGCAGAUGGAGGAGGACCUGUCUGGGUACAUGGACUGGAUCACCCAGGCAGAGGACAUGGACGAGAUUGACGAGGACGGGAACAGACGUCCCAACCUGGGGGAUCUCUCAGACAAGAAGAAAGGCAAGUCUGGAUGGUUCAGCCACUCAAACGAGACACAUGCGAGUCUUCCAGCCAGUGAAACAGCCUCUACCAAUACAGAAAACAUUGAUGAAGAACACACUGAUCGCUGUGCCGCCUGCUGCGCUCUAAUUAUGAUGAACAGCUGCUGUCGAACAUUGAGGCGGUGGAACCGCGUGUGUCGCCGGAACUGUCGAGUGGCGGUCAAGUCUGUGACGUUCUAUUGGCUGGUUCUGUUCCUGGUCUUCCUGAACACCAUUUGCAGCGCUUCGGAGCACUACAACCAGCCACAGUGGCUCACGGAGGUGCAGGACAUCGCCAACAAGGUUCUGCUGUCUCUGUUCACGGUUGAGAUGUUGCUGAAGAUGUACGCCCUGGGCACGUCUCGGACCGGCUACUUCAAGGCCUUCUUCAACCGCUUCGACUUCUUCGUGGUGUGUGGAGGCAUCACAGAGACCACCCUGGUGGAGCUGGACAUCAUGCCGCCUCUGGGCAUCUCCGUGCUGCGCUGCGUCCGUCUCCUCAGGAUCUUUAAGGUCACACGUCACUGGACAGCUCUGUCCAACCUGGUGGCGUCGCUGCUCAACUCCAUGAAGUCUAUCGCCUCACUGCUACUGCUACUGUUCCUCUUCCUCAUCAUCUUCGCCCUGCUUGGCAUGCAGCUUUUUGGGGGAAAGUUCAAUUUCGACGAGACGCAGACCAAGAGGAGUACCUUUGACACCUUUUCCCAAGCCCUGCUUACCUGUUUCCAGAUUCUGACAGGCGAAGACUGGAACUUAGUGAUGUAUGAUGGCAUCAUGGCUUAUGGAGGUCCUGUCUUCCCUGGCAUGAUCAUCUGCAUCUACUUUGUCAUCCUGUUUAUCUGUGGUAACUAUAUCCUGUUGAACGUCUUCUUGGCUAUCGCCGUGGACAACUUAGCUGGAGGAGAUGGGGAUGCGAAGAAAGAGGUGAAGAAAGAAGAGACAAAGGAAGGAGAGGGUGAAGAACUGAAGAUUGAUGUUGAUGACGAGACAGAGUAUGAAGAGGAAGAGGAGCCAGACCACUCCGAAGGUGAGGAGCAUGCAUCAGAAGAUGGGGAGCAUGCAGGAGUAGAGGCCACGGUCGGUAUCCAGCUGAGUGUGGCCGACAUCCUCCCCCCCAAGGAGAAGGUCACCCCGAUCCCUGAGGGCAGCGCCUUCUUCUGUCUCAGCCAAACCAACCCGAUCCGUCGUGGAUGCCAUUACCUGAUCCACCACCACAUCUUCUGCAACCUCAUCCUUGUCUUCAUCAUCCUCAGUAGCUGCUCCCUGGCCGCGGAGGACCCCAUCAGAGCGCACUCCUUUCGGAACAACGUCUUGGGCUAUGCAGAUUAUGCCUUCACCUCCAUAUUCACUGUGGAGAUCAUACUGAAGAUGACAGUCCAUGGGGCGUUUCUCCACCAGGGCUCAUUCUGUAGGAACUGGUUCAAUCUUCUGGAUCUCCUCGUUGUCUCUGUGUCUCUAAUCUCUUUCUUCCUUCAUUCGAGUGCGAUCUCUGUGGUCAAGAUUCUCCGUGUUCUUCGUGUUCUCAGGCCUCUUCGAGCCAUCAACAGAGCCAAAGGACUUAAGCACGUGGUCCAGUGUGUGUUUGUGGCCAUCAAGACUAUCGGUAACAUCAUGAUCGUCACCACCCUGUUGCAGUUCAUGUUCGCCUGCAUCGGUGUCCAGCUCUUCAAGGGUAAAUUCUACCGCUGUACAGAUGAAGCUAAACACACGCCUGAGCAGUGCAAGGGGACCUUUGUGGUUUAUAAAGAUGGGGAUGUGAGCCACCCAAUGGUGAGGGAGAGAAUCUGGCACAACUCUGACUUCAACUUCGACAACGUCCUUAUGGGCAUGAUGGCUCUGUUCACUGUCUCCACCUUCGAGGGCUGGCCAGCUCUCCUGUAUAAGGCGAUUGAUGCCAAUGGGGAACACCAUGGUCCAGUCUAUAACUAUCGCGUUGAGAUCUCCAUCUUCUUUAUCGUCUACAUCAUCAUCAUCGCCUUCUUCAUGAUGAACAUCUUCGUCGGUUUCGUCAUCAUCACCUUCAGAGAGCAGGGCGAGUCUGAGUAUAAGAACUGCGAGCUGGACAAGAACCAGAGGCAGUGUGUGGAGUAUGCUCUGAAGGCCCAGCCGUUGAAGCUGUAUAUCCCAAAGAACCCAGUGCAGUAUAAGUUCUGGUCCCUGGUCCAGUCUACAGCGUUUGAAUACGUCAUGUUUGUCCUCAUUCUCUUGAACACCGUCACAUUGGCUAUUCAGCACUAUGAACAGUCCAAGGUGUUCAGUCAUGUGAUGGACAUCCUCAACAUGGUGUUCACUGGCCUUUUCACAGCCGAGAUGCUACUCAAACUGCUGGCUCUACGAUUCAGGCAUUAUUUCAUCGAUGCCUGGAACUCCUUCGAUGCUCUGAUUGUGGUGGGCAGUGUUGUGGACAUCGUGGUGACAGAAUUCAGCAGUUCUGACGACAGUUCCAGAGUGUCCAUCACCUUCUUCCGUCUGUUCCGGGUCAUGCGAUUGGUCAAACUGCUGAGCAAGGGGGAGGGGAUUCGCACACUGCUCUGGACAUUUGUCAAGUCCCUCCAGGCCCUUCCCUAUGUGGCACUUCUUAUCGCCAUGAUUUUUUUCAUCUACGCUGUCAUCGGCAUGCAGACGUUUGGGAAGAUAGCCAUGCAGGACUACACUCAGAUCAACAGGAACAACAACUUCCAGACCUUUCCUCAGGCUGUCCUCGCUCUGUUCAGGUGUGCGACUGGUGAGGCAUGGCAGGAGAUCAUGCUGGCAAGUCUACCAGGCAAAAGGUGUGACCCAGAGUCGGACUACCUGCCUGGAGAAGAGUUCACCUGUGGAAGUAACUUUGCUAUCGUCUAUUUCAUCAGCUUCUUCAUGCUGUGUGCUUUUCUGAUUAUCAACCUGUUUGUGGCUGUCAUCAUGGACAACUUUGACUAUCUGACCCGUGAUUGGUCCAUCCUGGGACCUCAUCAUCUGGAUGAGUUCAAGAGGAUCUGGUCAGAGUAUGACCCAGAGGCCAAGGGGCGUAUUAAACAUCUGGAUGUGGUGGCUCUGCUACGAAGGAUCCAGCCACCUCUGGGAUUCGGGAAGCUUUGUCCUCAUCGUGUUGCUUGCAAGCGUCUGGUGGCCAUGAAUAUGCCUCUGAACAGUGAUGGGACCGUGACGUUCAACGCCACUCUGUUUGCCCUGGUCAGAACAGCCCUGAAGAUCAAAACGGAGGGUCUGUAUUGUAACCCGGACCAGGCGAACGAGGAGUUGAGGAUCAUUAUAAAGAAGAUCUGGAAAAGAAUGAAGCCCAAGAUUCUGGACGAGGUCAUCCCCCCACAUCAGGAGGAGGACGUAACAGUUGGUAAGUUCUACGCCACCUUCCUGAUCCAGGACUACUUCAGGAAGUUCAGGAAGAGGAAGGAGAAAGGAGACAUGGGGGAAGCCGACCCCACCAGCACCUCCGCAGCUCUACAGUUGUGUCAAGCUGGUCUGAGGACACUUCAGGACCUGGGGCCAGAGAUGAGAAUGGCCAUGUCAGCUGACCUGGAGGAGGAAGAGGAGGAGGAGGGCAUGGUGGAAGAGUUAGAGGAAGAUGAAGCUGAUUAUAAGGCCGAUAACGGCUACACCCCCGAGAGUAAGGAGAGACGAGACUCCAUCACUCCGACAGGAGGAGAGGGGACACAAGGGGAGAGACUCUCCAAUGGUGGUCUGUCCCGCCAAGGCUCUGCCUCCUUCUCCAAGACCCCAAAUGGAGGCGGUCUCCUGGAGCAGGACGGACUGAGAAGAGAAGGCAGCCUGAGGUCCUCACUGAACCAUCAUCAUCGACACCCUUCAGCUAAGAAUGGACUGGUUGACCAGCCAGCCCAGAGCAGGAGGAAUUCUUACAAGUAUUCAAGCAGAAGGGACAGCAGAGGAGACAGCAGAGGAGACAGCAGAGGAGACAGCAGAGGAGACAGGUAUUCUCCUGUCCAGGGUGGAAAUGGGGGGAUGGCUGGAGGAGAGGAGGACUACGAAGAAGAGCAGGGUUACUAUGACGAGGAGGACGAGCGCCUCAAACCUCGUGAGAGACUUCGUUACCCAGACGACCCUCCUCUGUACCCUGGGAACCGUGACCACUUGUACAACAUCAACACCCCCGGCAACAUGGCCUACGGUAACUAUGGCAAUGGCUACGGAAAUGGGCGAAGGACAGCAAGGAGACGGCUCCUUCCCGCCACACCUACCGGUAACAUCCCUACACCAGGGCCGCUUUACAUGGGGAUUGACGUUGGGGAACUAUCAGGGCGAAAGCCGUCCUUUAACAUUCAGUGUCUAAGGAGGCAGGACAGUAAUGAUGAUCUCCCGAUCCCAGGAACUUACCACCAGAACUCUCCACCCUGCCGGACACGCACACAGACAUACGGCAGCUACGAGUCUCGUCACAGCAGCAGUCUCUCCUCCACGGGCUCCUCUGCCUCCUGGGCCAACCCGUGUCCCCGCCGCGGUCGGCUCCUCUACGCUCCUCUCAUCCUGGUGGAGGAGGAGGCGGCAGGGGGUGGCGGUGGUGGCCCUGGGAUCUGGGGGGACAAGAAGGGCGGGGGCGCCAACGUGACGGCCGCGACCCCCCGGCCCGGACCCGCCGGCUGGUACACUGGUCUCCCUGGCCCUUCGGGGGGUCCCCAGGCCCCCUACCGGGCUUACACCACCCUGAGGGUCCCCACGCAGCUCAGCCCCCACUACAGUGACAAGAGGGGCAGCGCCGACAGCUUGGUGGAGGCGGUGUUAAUCUCAGAGGGGCUCGGGCUCUAUGCCAAGGACCCCAAGUUUGUGGCCUUCGCAAAGCGGGAGAUCGCCGACGCAUGUCACAUGACCAUCGACGAAAUGGAGAGUGCAGCCAGCGACCUGCUGAGUCGGGGUAGCGGAGGGGGCGGGGGCAACAGCUUCCUGAACAAUUCUGACAUCGGAACCCUGUACAGUGACGAGGAGCCAAUCAGGACGGGCCACGACGAGGAAGACCUGGCGGACGAGAUGACCUGUGUCACUUCCUUUUGAUCUGGACGCCAAUCACUCGUUUAGUUGAUUGAUUGAUCGUAACUGAUCAGGGAUUGGUUGAGCUCACUGUGAUCAGGAGUAGAUCACACUCAAUGGACAAAAGAGAGGGCCUCUCCGGGAGGUGAUGAUGGACAGAAAGACAGAGGGACAGACAGAGAGAGAGACAGAUGGACUGGCGGUUGUCCAGAGUCCCUCCAUCUUGGCUGUAGUUAGAUAGACACAAAUAAAAUAACUGAUAUAAUGUUUAGAAAGACAGGUUAAGAGAAACAGAUAAAGGACGUCUGAUAUGCAAUUAAGAAAGGCGCCUGGGUAGAAAGGCAGAUCAAGAAAACAACUAGAUACAGAAUAGGCUUUAGGAAAGGUAAUAUAUGGUACAGAUGGAAGAGGGAGGAGGAGAGAUGACACAAUGAUCCAUAGUUAUUAUAGAAGAGAGACAGAGUUGGACUGGAGGAAAUAAAGGGGAAUAAAAGAGUUUGAAUGGUCCCUAAUGGCCCCCUAUUCCCUAGGUGGUCCUCUGUGACCAGGACCCUGAGAAGGGCACUCUGUAGAGGGCAGGACAUUGGAUAGGAUGGGGCACGUGAGGUGGGUGAGAGUUUGACAUGUCAAUAAGAUGACAGGGGAUGGAGGAAUGGAAUAUAAAGGAUGUAGAAAGUGAGUGGAGCG